GUUAGGAAUAGAGAGAGAGAACACAGCCUGCAUCAAGUGGACAACUUGCUGGAACUUGUUUCCUUUUCUGUUCUCAGUGCCUGAUCAUAAAGAUGACAGACCUUUCAGUACAGGAGCGAGCAGUGGGAGCAGUGGUUGGAUCCCUUGUGGCUGACGCAGCUGGGCAGCCAUUGCAUUGGAUCUAUGACGUCAAGCGUUUGGAUCAGAUUCUGAAGGGCCGCGAGGGCACACCAGAAUUUGUCGAUCCUGGUCAGGGUCCAUUUUACCGUCAGCCGACUGGAGCUCAGAGCGGUUAUGGGGAUCAGACCCUCGCCUUGCUGAAGGCCCUGGUGGCAGGGAAAGGCUUUGAUGUGCAGCUGUACAGACAAGAAUUGUACAAAACCUUUGGGCCAAACUCUGAGUAUGACCUGAAGGGAAAGCUGAAAACGCAGGACCAGGUUCAGACAGGAGGGUACCGACAUGCUUCUAUUAAAGCUUUCCUGACUGCGUAUGAAGCAAGAAAGGAAAAAACAGGAAGCUCCACAGAUCCACAGAUGGAUGGUGUGGCGAAGGUUGCACCAAUAGUCGCUCUGUACGCUGGAGACCCCAAACUCCCCCAGUACGUGGAGGAGGUAGUCCGAGUCACACAGGAUGACAAUCUGGCAGUACAAUGCAGCAUCGCAGCUGCUGCCAUUCUGGAGGAAUUCAUUCUGCACCCCCCGAGGGAAGGGUUUCUGGAUCGGAUGAAGAAUCGGCUGGAGCUCAGUGUCAUUGCCGACAGGUUACCCGAGAUUCUGCAACAGCGCACCACGGCACACCGGGAGGUGGUGCAGCAAAUCGGCAGCUCAUGUGCAUUACCAGGGAAUUUGCUAAAUUCCCUGCACUGUCUGCUGGUGAGCCCAAACCUGUCCGAUUACUCAGACACCAUGAGACGAACCAUGACAGCUGGAGGAUGUAACUGCAGUCGCCUCAGUUUUGUAGGAGCCUGUAUUGGUGCAGCAGUUGGUUCUCGGGGGAUCCCUGAUGACUGGAUUAAGAAGACGUGGCAUGGUGACUUAAUUGAGAAACUCUCCCAGGAUCUGGUUGCUCUCCGAGUGUCUGGGUGAAGGAAGCCCAGUCAGUUCCAGAGAAUAAUUUACAAACCCAGGAAACACCCUUAACCCACCUUGGUCAGGUUAUUGUAGUCACUGCUCACGUUCUCUCUGCCUUCCUCUCUCUCCCCAAGCACCCACCCCACUCCAACCCACACUUUCCGCCCUCACUCUCUCCACCCACUCAUUCUCUGCCCAUACUCUCUCCCUCGACUCCCACACACUCACUCUUUCCCCCAACACUGUCUCCCUCCUCCCUCCAAUCUCUGUCUCUCCCGCCACACUUUCUCUCUCUCUCUCCCUCUCUCUCUCUUGCCCACUCUCCCUCCCCCCACACACUCUCUCUCUCCCCACUCUCUCUCCCCAUACAUUCUCUUUUCCCUCCACACUGUCUCACACUCCCAUAUUCUCCACAACACUCACUGCCCUCACAUACUUACUCCGCUCAUAAUCUCUUCCCCCCCCAACACUCUUCCCACCACCAGUCUCCCCACACUCUGUUCUCUACCAUACUCCCUCCCCCCUCAGACACUACCCCUCAUAAUCUCUCUCCCCUCCUCCCACAUUCUCUCCCUUCCUCUACCCUCCCUACACUCUCACACCCCACACCCCCCACAUUCUCUCCUCACAGCCCUCAUCUCUCUUCGUUUUGAGAAAUAAACUGAUAUAUUUGAUGAAA